AUUCCAUGAGUGCUUUAAAAGCCAUAGUUACUUUAGACACUGGUGAUAAACCUGAAUACAUUCAUAUCUAUGAAGGAGAUGAUAUUGAAAUGCUUGCAGAAUUUUUUUGUGACAGACAUAAUAUUCAAGAGGAUGGAAAAUAAUUUAUAAUUGAUCAUAUAAGAGAUCAAUUGAAAAUUUAAGAAAAGCAAACCAAAUAGAAAUUUGUAUCUCAAUCAAAUUCAUUAAAGUAAUGUUAAUCAUAAUCUGCAUUUUUAAAAUCUGCAUAAGUUAGUAAUUAAUUUUAGCAAUUAAUUUAGAAAAAAAUGAAUAUGAAACAUUACACAAUACAGUUUGGGGAUAAAUUUAAAAGAAACCAUCUACAACAUAAAUACAUUAAAGAAAUUCUAGUAAUAUUAUACUAAAUGGAUAAAAGUCUUAGGGAAAUUUGUUAUUAAAAAAAAAUACAUUAAAGAAUGUCAAAUGUGUGACAGAUAUUGAAUCUAAUAUAAAUAUUUAGUUACAUCCAAAAAGAUCAAGAUAAGAACAAAUUGAUUUAGCAAAUAGAUUAAUAUCAUAAAAAAAUUAAUCAGAAAAAAGAUUACAAUAAUUGAGAAUUGAAUCAAAUUCACCUAUAUCCCAUGAUUUUAAACCUAAAGUAACAAAAGAUAAUAUUUAUAAAAAAGUAAGCAAAAAAAUUGAUUAAGAAGAUUAUGAAUUAGCAUAAAUGAUUGGAAUACAAUAGAAAAAAAAAAUAUAUGAAUUCGCUUCGCAAAAGAUUUAAUUAAAAUAAGAUUAAAAUAUAUUGAAAAGAGUUUUUAAUCAACUUGAUAAUGAUAAGGAUGGAUAAAUAUCAAGUCAAUUUAUAAAUUUAGAUAUUGAUCACUAAAUUUUAGAAAAAAUCAAACCUGUAUUAUGUCAUAUGGAUGCUUAACAUUUAAUAUUGGAUUUGGAUACAUUUUCAAAUUUAAUGAAAUCUUUUUAAAUUUUGAUAUAUUGA